AUGGUUAAAAAGAAAAUGAUGAUGAGAAAUGUGGUGGUUUUGUGGCUUGCCACGGCAGCUUUGGUCGGGGCUCAAGUCCCCAGUUGGUCAGUUUCGAUCGUAAAUGAGCUCAGUCACCUCGAUUUGAAUGUGCAUUGUCGAUCCAAGAACGAUGAUUUGGGAAAUCAUCACUUGGUUAAACGUGGAGAUAUUUACAAAUGGAGCUUUAAGGAAAACUUUUGGGGAACAACCUUGUUUUGGUGUACAUUGGAGAAGUCAGAUGCGUACGUCUCUUUUGAAAGCUUUUGGCCCGAAUCAUGGACUAACACUUGGCUUCGUGAUAGGUGUGGGCCUGAAGGAACUUGUAUUUGGGUUGCUAAAGAUGGUGGAAUUUAUUUGAAAAAUAAUCCUGCUAAUCGUGAUGAAUUUGUUCACAAAUGGUGGAUAGGAAAGUAA